AUGGCAGCAGACCCGUUUUCCGCUGUCCCAUAUGAGAUUGUCGCUCAUAUCCUGAGCUUUGUCCCACGGCCUGACCUCCCGACUGUGUGCCUGAUCAAUCAAUCACUUUGCCGCUGUGCUGAACCAAUUCUCUGCUCUGACAUCACCCUUGAAUGGACUCAUCAGAGGAAAUCUCCGCCUAUUAUUCCUCUACUACAGAAGCUUUUCCGCAGGCCAGAGCUAUUUGACUGCAUCGAUGCUGUCUCACUGACCGGCGAUGAUUUUGUUGGGAGAGACCCCUCUCCCCCUUUGACGGCCACGGAAUCUACAGUAACCGAGUUUGAACGCAUCAUCAAAAGCUUCGACGCUCCAUUUGCUGAUGCCUGGGUUGAAAAACUCCGGGAAGGCAGCAUGGACGCCUUUGCUGCUCUACUGAUAGCGCAUCUCUCCAAGGUCCGCCGCCUCACAAUCACAGACAAUUAUAUCCGCCGGCUUGAUCUCAUCGGCAAAACCCUCCAGUCAAAAGCCAUCGGACAGCAUCUGCCCAGAUUUGAACGGCUGAAGCUCAUCACCUACUUCCACGGGUUUGAUUAUUAUGCGCCCGCGCCCCCGCACAGGUCCGAUGAAGUCAUGGCUCUCUUUCAUGUACCAACAGUCACCCACCUGGCGGCUCAGAUGGGCAGCACUGAGCUCUUCCACUGGCCCGCAGGAGAGCCUGAUCUCGGGUGCUUGACCUCCUUAGACUUGGAAGGGUGCUGCGCAACUUUUAUGGCAAAGAUACUGGCCCUGACUCGGAGCCUAAAGUCGCUUUCCUGGCGAUGGGAAUAUGCACCUGAGACUGACGAUCCUUGGAUGACUACGGAUCUCGACUUGGACGAAAUCAUUUCGGCGCUAUCAUACGUUAAAGACACCCUAGAGAAGCUUCAGUUCAGAAUCACUGUCUACAGUGGCUACAGGCGUGAAGGUGAACCUGCCAUGGAUGUCUCGGGGUCGUUCGGCGGUCUUGUCAACUUUAACAGGCUGACCGAAAUCGAGGUACCGUUGGCAUGCCUUGCAGACUUUGGAGCCCAGCCCCAACCUCUGGAUCGACAUGUCCCUCGCAGUGUUGAGAUACUUUCCCUCUCCACAAGUAUGCUCUACAAUGAAGGAGUUCUCUGGAUCCCGGAUGAUGAGUGGCCAACGGACCAGGAUGUUGUGCAGCUGCUUCAACAAUUAGUCAAGAGCUACCCGACCAAGCUGCCACAGCUACGGCUUGUCAAGAUUAUUGACGAUAUUUCGUGCUUUGAAAAUAGACAGUUUGACGAGAUGCUGGCAAACACCCCUUUGGAUAUAGAUAUCGAGGUUGUGCGCUCCAUCUCACCGCUUUGGGAUAUCUCUGUAUAG